CGCCAAUGUCGCCGUCGAACUCCGAGACAGCAUAGAGCCACUCUGCUCUGGCGCAAGCUAUCCAAUCUUCCUUUCCAAGCUAUGGCCCGUGUUCAAAAACAUUCUGAAGGGCGAACCAGUCUUCACGAACUUGUCCUUCGAACAGGUGAGUUUGGGAUCAUGGACCGUCUGCAGUACCCCAUGGCUUCGGAGCUUACGCAAGUCGCCUGGUAACAGAAACUGCGGAAUUACAUUCUCGAGACGCUGCAUAGACUUCCCAUGGCAUCCCCGGAUGUCGAACCGUACGCCGCCGAUAUGGUCGACCUGUUGAUGGAGCUCGUCCGGAUUGAAAACGAAGAGAAUGCGGUGUUGUGUAUGAAGACAAUCAUGGAUCUGGAGAGGAACCAAGCCAAGGCAACCGCAGCACGGGUUCAACCUUUCUUAGCACUGAUCCAAGAGAUGUUUCAGAUGAUGGAGCAGGUGGUACGCGACACGUUCGACACGCCCAACCAAGCCACACCGUCUGGUAUGCCCUCGACACCGAGUGCCACAGCUCAGAACUUCCAAUCGCCCAGACCCAGCUCGCCAGCGACUUCCGUGUCAGAUCUUGGACCCGACCAACAAGCCAACAAUAUUCUUCUGCGGGGAAUGCAAUCGUUCAAGGUCCUGGCGGAAUGCCCGAUUAUCGUCGUUUCAAUCUUCCAGACUCAUCGGAACUCUGUCGCAGCGAAUGUCAAGCUCUUCGUGCCCCUGAUCAAGAGCAUUCUUCUCCUUCAAGCCAAGCCGCAGGAGCGGGCACACACCGAGGCUGCCGCACAAGGAACGAUAUUUACUGGUGUUUGCAAGGAAAUCAAGAAUCGAGCUGCGUUUGGUGAAUUCAUUACCGCACAGGUCAAAACGAUGAGCUUCUUGGCGUACCUGCUCCGCAUGUAUGCUCAGCAGCUUCAGGAUUUCCUCCCCACUCUCCCAUCGGUCGUAGUUCGGCUUCUGCAGGAUUGCCCCCGGGAGAAGUCAAGCGCUAGAAAGGAGCUCCUUGUUGCCAUCCGUCACAUCAUCAACUUCAACUACCGCAAGAUCUUUCUGGAGAAAAUCGAUGAACUGCUUGACGAACGCACUCUGAUCGGCGACGGUCUCACCGUGUACGAGACGAUGAGGCCUCUUGCAUACAGCAUGCUGGCUGAUUUGAUCCACCAUGUGCGAGACCACUUGACGCGGGACCAGAUCCGACGGACUGUUGAGGUUUACACCAAGAACAUGCAUGAUGAUUUCCCCGGGACAAGCUUCCAGACUAUGAGUGCUAAGCUUCUCCUGAAUAUGGCUGAGCGUAUUGCCAAGCUGGAAGACAAGCGAGAAGCGCGGUACUUCUUGAUCAUGAUCUUAGAUGCCAUUGGUGACAAGUUUGCUGCCAUGAACCAUCAGUUCAACAAUGCUGUCAAGGUGUCAAAGCUGUACAAAGAGACUAAGAAGGAUCUGGAACCCACGGCAGAAAAGUACCUCGCGGAGAAAGAGUUCCCUCCUGACUGGGAUGAGAUCGACAUUUUCUCGGCUUCACCAAUCAAGACAUCAAAUCCUCGUGAUCGUGGGGGCGAUCCGGUGUCAGACAACAUUUUCCUUUUCAAGAACCUGAUUAACGGUCUGAAAACGAUCUUCCAUCAGCUCAAGAAUUGCAACCCCGAGCAUAUUCAGAUCGACACGAACAGUGUGCCGAUCAACUGGUCCGAAGUCUCCUAUGGAUACAAUGCUGAGGAAGUGCGGGUCAUUAAGAAGCUUUUCCAUGAGGGAGCACGAGUGUUCAGAUACUACGGCGUCGACCAAUCGCCACCAGAGGUCAAUUACUCGUCUCCCUUCGACUUCCUUGCCAGUCAAUACACGGCUCCGAUGUCGCGGGAAGAGAAGGAGCUCCUGGAGAGCUUCGGCACCGUCUUCCACUGCAUUGACACCGCUACGUUCCACGAAGUCUUUCAUUCAGAGAUUCCGUACCUACAUGAGCUGAUGUUCGAACAUGGUGCUCUGCUUCAUCUACCUCAAUUCUUCUUGGCCAGCGAAGCUACGUCCCCUGCCUUCUCCGGAAUGGUGUUACAGUAUCUUAUGGACCGGAUACACGAAGUCGGCACUUCCGACAUGACCAAGGCGAAGAUUCUGCUCAGAAUGUUCAAGCUCUCUUUCAUGGCAGUGACUCUGUUCUCCGUCCAAAACGAGCAAGUUUUACACCCACAUGUAACCAAGAUCGUGACAAAGUGCAUAGAGCUCUCGGUCACUGCUGAGGAACCUAUGAACUACUUCCUGCUGCUGAGGUCGCUCUUCCGCAGCAUUGGAGGCGGUCGUUUUGAGCUUCUCUACAAGGAGAUUUUGCCAUUGCUGGAAAUGCUCCUCGAGACAUUCAAUAACCUCCUGGUGGCUGCCCGCAAACCGCAAGAGCGUGAUCUAUACGUGGAACUUACGCUCACAGUUCCAGCUCGCUUGAGUCACCUCUUACCGCAUCUCAGCUAUCUCAUGCGCCCUAUAGUAGUGGCUCUGCGUGCGGAUUCAGAUCUUGUCGGUCAAGGUCUUCGGACUCUUGAGUUAUGCGUGGACAAUCUGACCGCCGAUUAUCUGGACCCCAUCAUGGCUCCUAUAAUGGACGACCUAAUGACAGCUCUAUGGGAUCACUUACGCCCGCAUCCCUACAACCACUUCCACGCUCAUACGACCAUGCGCAUCCUGGGCAAGCUCGGUGGUCGCAAUCGCAAGUUUCUCAAUCAUCCUCCAGAUCUUACCUUUGAGCAGUUUGCCGAUGACGCACCAAGUUUUGACAUCAAGCUUAUGGGCCCUAGCGAGAAGCGGCCAUUCCCAAUCGAUAUUGGCCUGGACUUAGCGAUUGCCAAGUUGAUGGAAGUCUCCAAGAACGGAUCAGGGCAGGCCUCCGACAGCUACUACAAACAGCAAGCAUUCCGCAUGGUUUCGUCGCAGCUGAAACUCUACAUCGGCUACGAGAAUCUCCCCGAGGAUCUUGCCUCUCUGAUUCGCCUACACGCCAACGAUCUGUUUGAGAGCAAGACCACUUCCAUGGCUGAUGUUCUGGAGAAGUCAGAAAGAUCGAGCUCUAUUCCGAAGAAGUUAGGUCAGGAGGCUACCAUGAAGAAGCUCCUAAAGGCAUCUAUCUACGCCACUACCAUUCCGGAGUUGGAGCAAUCUGCAACGGCCUUUGUUGCAGAUGUGUGCAAACACUUCGCUCUGGUGGAGGUCGGUCGGGCACUUGCACAGGCUCGGCACACCCGUAAGCCUUUCGAUGUCAAUAGCGGUGAAGGUCCCGUAUACCUCGAUUCGCGCGUGCUGGCUGAAGCAGUUGUCGAGUCGCUUUCCUCCGACAAUACUCGAGUCCGCGAGGGGGCCGAGACGGCCAUGCAAGUCAUGAAAGACGCUGCCGCUAUCAUUUUUGGCGCCCCGGAUCGAGUAGCGAAGUUACCUUUCUUCCAACAUCUGGGCCGCGUGUUUUGUCAUAGCUGUCACAGCGAGGAGUGGUUCACCAAAGCUGGGGGCAGCUUUGGUAUUCACCUUUUCGCCACCAAGCUGGACCUGGGAGAUGCAUGGCUCCUUGACAAGCAAGCUGAUUUCGUCAGGGCGCUCAUGUAUGUUAUCAAAGAUACCCCACCUGACUUGCCUGCCAGUACGCGGCUGCGGGCUCAAGAAACACUGGAUCUGAUUCUGCGCCGGUGUUGCAAGAGUCUGAGCCUCGAGGACCUCAAAAAUGAGAAGAGCCGCUUGUAUUCUUUGUGUGGUCACUUCGUCUACGAGUUGUCUCACAUGAACAAACAAGUUCGCGAGGCUUCCCGACGCAGCUUUUCCACUCUGGCCGAAGUCCUUGGGUGCCAAAUACACGAGCUCAUCCUGCCGGUUAAGGAACGUCUCCUCCAGUCUAUCUUCAACAAGCCGCUACGAGCGCUGCCCUUUCCCAUCCAGAUUGGCUUCAUCGAGGCUAUCACUUACUGUCUUAGCCUUCAUAAUAACAUUGUGACGUUCAAUGACCCUCUCAACAGGUUGAUGAUGGAGUCGCUUGCUCUGGCUGAUGCGGAUGACGAAUCCCUGGCGUCCAAGCCGAACGAGUUCAAGAAUGCGGAAAUGAUUGUGAACUUGCGUGUCGCCUGUCUCCGUCUUCUGUCUAUGGCAAUGAGCUUCUCGGAAUUCGGCAACGCACCGCAGAAUACCAGUCGUGCUCGUAUAAUCUCAACUUUCUUCAAGUCGCUCUACUCCCGGUCUCCAGAGGUCAUUGAAGCUGCAAAUGCAGGUCUUCGGGACGUUCUGACGCAGACUAACAAGCUGCCGAAAGACCUGCUUCAGAAUGGUCUUCGCCCGAUCCUCAUGAAUUUGCAAGACCCGAAGCGUUUAAGUGUCGCAGGGCUCGACGGUCUUGCUCGCCUGCUCACGCUCUUGACAAACUAUUUCAAGGUCGAAAUUGGCGCACGCCUUCUGGACCACAUGAAGGUCAUCGCGGAUGACGCUACCUUGCAAAAGGUGUCUUUUAGCCUUGUUGAGCAGAGUCCGCCCAUGAAGAUCGUGGCUGCAAUUUUCAAUAUCUUCCACCUACUCCCUCCCGCUGCUACAUCCUUCAUGGAGCACCUUGUCAAUAAGGUCUUGGACCUUGAGGAGAAACUUCGCAGGACGUCCAACAGUCCUUUCCGGAAACCACUCGUGAAGUACAUCAAUCGCUACCCCAAAGAGAGCUUGACCUUCUUUCUGGCGCGCUUCAAGGACGAAAGAUUUGGCCGAUUCUUCGGACAGGUCUUGGCCGACCCAGAGAGUGAGGCGCUUCGCUCUGCAGUGGUCGCAGACACUGAAGGUUUCUUAUCCGCUGCGUUCGGGCCAGAGGGGACUGAUGGCAAAAACACCGCAGGGAUCAAUGGCAUCUACGUCACUCACUCUAUCUGCGCGUUCGAAUCCACCAAGCGCUGGUUGGUGUCUCAUGCCGACCUGAGGACAAAGCUUCUAAGCUCAGGGCGUGACCUUGCGAGGAAGCUUCGCAGCGAUAAGCUGCCAAUCAACGAACGAUUGAGGGUGGAGCAGGCGGAGGAUCAAUUGAUGGAUAUCUUCACCAACUACCUCUCUGAAUCCGUACAGGAUUUAGACUUUUUGUUCGAGAUCAUUGACGGCCUAUCCGCAGAGGAGCUCAAGCGUACGCUGGCUCUUCCGCGGUUCAUAUACCGUCACAUUAUCACGAACGAGUCCAUCGACUACCGUCGUUCUGUUAUCAUGCGUUGCCUGGAUUUGUACACUCAGCGUUCAUGCUCUCAGAAGAUGAAGACUUACGCCUUCCGUCAUCUCGUCAAUCCCAUCUUCGCCAUGGAUGUUCAAACGACAUGGAACAGCCCACCCAACAGCCCCAAGCUCAUGGACAAGAGCAUGACCGAGUUCAUUCAGAGUCGUUUGUGGAAACCUCAACUAGCGGAUCUUAGCGAAGAAUCCAACCAAGCUGGUGUCGACCACUCUAGGAUGGAGCUCUUGCAGCUGUCGGCCUUGUUGAUCAAGUACCAUCAUCAGACAGUGCAAGACUCCCGCAAGGAUAUCAUCAAGUUUGCUUGGAACUACAUCCGCCUUGAAGACAUCAUUAACAAGUACGGAGCAUAUGUUCUCAUCAGUUACUUCAUCGCCCACUACGAGACUCCCUUCAAGAUUGUCGUUCAAGUCUAUGUCGCUUUGCUCCGAGCCCAUCAGAAUGAAGGCAAGGCACUUGUUACGCAGGCUUUGGACGUUCUUGCGCCAGUCCUACCCACCAGAAUCCUGUCGGCAAGCAACAACCAAGGCCCCGACUUCCGUUAUCCUCUGUGGGCGAAAUGGCCGCGGCGCAUCUUAGCAGAAGAGACCGCAAACCUGCAGCAAGUGAUGAGCAUCUUCCAGUUUCUCGUCCGUCACCCGGAUCUUUUCUACGAAUCGCGAGAACACUUUGUUCCGCUUAUUGUACCCUCCCUAUCUAAGAUAGCAGCCCCUGCCAGUCCCUCUAACGAGGGCAAAAAGCUUGCUUUGAAUCUCAUCAGUCUCAUCUGGCACUGGGAAGAAAAGCGUGCCAAGGCAGGUCAGACCACGAUGUCGAACGGUGUUCUCGAGUCACCCAACGCCAAGAAGCGUAAGUUUGAAGAUGGCCAGAGUGCCUCGUCACCGUCGCCUGCACUUGUACCUCCGGCUUCCCGCGACCGCUCGGACUAUGCGGUUUCGGCUGAUUUCCGGGCUUCUCUGACCAAGUACCUUAUUACCUUCAUCACGACAAUCCCAGAGAGGUUCCCCGUCCCGGCCGCUCGUAUCCGAGAAUUGCCAUCGUCCAAGGCUCCACCUGUACCUACUGGCGAAAUGGUCAAGAAGGCAGUCUUUUUGCUGAGAAAUCUCUUGUCUCCUGAAUACUGGGGCGACUUGGAUGUUGAGCUGUAUCAGAAGGUGACAGAGCCUAUUCUCGCCGGCGAGAAGGCAGAGAAGCCCGACGAAAAGCACAUUACGAGUAUGAUCAAUGCUCUUCAGGUCGUGCGGAUCUUGCUAGCAUCCAAAUCCGAUGAGUGGAUUGUUGCGCGCGUGCAGAGCAUUCAGAAGUUGUUCGAGAAGCCUUUGCGGUCAGACAACCCCGAAAUCCAGGAUUGUCUUCAUGGUGUCGAAGAUGAAAUGGAUAUCUCCCCCAAACUCGAACCCCCGGUUCGACGUGUUCUGAAUGCUCUCCCGGAUGACCAGCCCGAGGAGGAGGAUGCAAUGGAGGUUGAACACUCACCUUCCGAGUUUGUCACGUACUUGUCCACCAUUGCAACCGAGACCCUGUCGGCGAACAACUAUGUUUCGAGUCUCAACAUCCUGUGGACCCUCUCGAAGAACAAGCCAGCCGAGAUGGACCCCCAUAUACCUCAGAUCAUGAAGGCAUUCUCUCAGAAAUUGGCCAAAGAACAUGUUGCCGCUUCGACGGCAAACCAAGGCCAGUAUCCGCCGGGACAAAAGCCUCCGGAGGGAGUGCCCGAGCAGCAAGAAUAUGAGAUUGGGGUUGACUUGAUCUUCAAGACUAUUGAGCUGGUUUCCGUGCGCAUGUCUCACCUCGGAGAGCAGAGGCGACCCUUCUUGAGCGUUCUGGCGCAGUUGGUUGAGCGGUCACAGAAUAUCAAGCUCUGCAGUAAGGUCCUUGGCAUGGUAGAGACCUGGAUUUUCCAUUCGACUGAGUCAUGGCCCACGCUCAAGGAGAAAACGGCUGUCCUGCACAAGAUGUUGCUAUUUGAAUCACGUCCUGACCAGACCAUGCUGAAGAAGUUCCUUGACCUUGUCAUCAGGAUCUACGACGACCAGAAGAUAACUCGUACAGAACUGACCGUCAGACUGGAACACGCUUUCCUGAUUGGUACCAGAGCACAAGAUGUUGAGAUGCGCAAUCGCUUUAUGACAAUCUUUGACCGCAGUCUGACUCGCCUGGCCAGCUCUCGGCUCAGCUAUGUUUUGACUUGUCAGAACUGGGACACCCUUGCUGAUUCUUUCUGGCUGGCGCAAGCAUCUCAUCUGGUUUUAGGAUGCGUGGACAUGUCAUCGUUGGCUAGAUUGCAUCCUGACGAUUUCACUGUCUAUCCUGUCUCUUUCCUCUUUGGCAACGCCGAGAAAGACCCCCGCAAAGCUGACAUCAUGGUCGACACUCAGCUGGAGGCCUUUGUCACCGACCGCAAGCGGUUCAUUUCAGAGAUUGGUGAUGUGAAGGCUCGUGAUUUGAUGGAACCUCUGUGCCAGCUUCAGCACACCGAUUCUAAUGUGUCUUACAAGCUCUGGACCACGUUGUUCCCCAUUUUCUGGUCCACAUUGUCGAGGGAGGACCGCAUCGACCUGGAGAAGGGUGUGGUGACACUCAUCACUCGAGAGUACCAUCAAAGACAGCUUGAUAAGCGGCCGAACGUUGUGCAGGCCUUGCUUGAAGGAGUUGUCCGAGCACGUCCGCGGUUCAAGAUCCCUCCUCAUGUUAUGAAGUAUCUCAGCCGAACCUACGAUGCCUGGUAUACUGCCGCUACAUACUUGGAGGAAUCGGCCAUCAGCCCCAUCAUUGACACUCCUACUGUUCGUGAGAGCAAUCUCGAUGCUUUGGUCGAAGUAUACGCCGGAUUACAGGAAGACGACUUUUUCUACGGCACCUGGAGGCGUCGUUGCAAAUUUGUCGAAACAAAUGCCGCCCUCUCGUAUGAGCAGCAAGGCAUGUGGGACAAGGCUCAGCAAUUGUAUGAGAAUGCUCAGAUCAAAGCUCGCUCAGGAGCGAUGCCGUUCUCGCAGGGCGAGUACUAUCUCUGGGAGGACCAUUGGUUAAUUUGCGCCCAAAAGCUGCAGCAGUGGGAAGUUCUGAGCGAUUUUGCUAAGCAUGAAAACUUGAAUGAUCUUCUCCUGGAGUCUGCUUGGAGAAAUAUCGAAAAUUGGCAGAGUGAAGGCAGUAGAGAGCAGCUCGAAUCUCUCAUUAAGUCUGUCUCCGACGCACCCACUCCGAGACGCACCUUCUUCCAAUCCUUCAUGGCAUUGCUUCAGUUCCACAUCAAGAAGGAAAAUGUCCAGGAUUUCAACGGUGUUUGCGAUGAGUCUAUUCAGCUGUCCAUCCGCAAAUGGCUUCAGUUGCCGAAGAGAAUAACCAACGCUCACAUCCCAAUUCUGCAGCACUUCCAACUUCUGGUUGAGCUCCAUGAUGCCAGCCACAUCUGCGCCAGUUUGUCUCAAACGAACGAGCGCAACCUGGACACCAAGUCUGCUGAGCUCAAGUUGCUGCUGGCGACAUGGAGAGACCGUCUGCCUAAUCUGUGGGACGACAUUAAUGCUUGGCAAGAUCUGGUUACAUGGCGACAGCACAUUUUCCAGCUUAUCAACCAGACCUAUCUGAGCUUGCUGCCGCCGCAGACUAAUAACGUGGCCAGCAACUCGUAUGCCUACCGCGGAUACCAUGAGACGGCGUGGAUCAUCAACCGAUUUGCACACGUUGCUCGCAAGCACCAGAUGCCCGAGGUGUGCAUCAACCAACUCAGCCGCAUCUACACUCUUCCAAACAUCGAGAUCCAGGAGGCUUUCUUGAAGCUUCGAGAACAAGCCAAGUGCCACUAUCAGAAUCCAAAGGAGCUGAACAGUGGUUUGGAUGUCAUCAACAAUACCAAUCUCAACUACUUCGGUGCGCAACAGAAAGCAGAAUUCUACACGCUCAAGGGUAUGUUUCUUGCUAAGUUGAAUCAUGUCAAUGAGGCAAAUGAAGCAUUCGGUGUUGCAUUGUACUACGAACUGAAACUCGCAAAAGCGUGGUCUGAGUGGGGUCAGUACAGCGACCAACGUUUCAAGGCCGACCCGUCUGACUACGAGCUUGCGAGCAACGCUGUGAGCUGCUACCUGGAAGCUGCCGGUCUAUACAAGAACGCCAAGUCUCGAAAGCUGCUGAGUCGUAUCCUUUGGCUUCUGAGCUUGGACAAUGAGGAGGGUCAAAUCGCUCGUGCUUUCGAGAACUUCAAGGGUGAUACGCCGGUUUGGUACUGGAUCACCUUUAUUCCGCAACUUCUCACCAGCCUUUCACACCGUGAAGCGCGUCUGUGCAAGGCUGUUCUGGUCAAGAUCGCCAAGUUGUUUCCACAAGCUCUCUUCUUCUUGCUUCGUACUAACAGGGAAGACAUGCUCAAUAUCAAGAAACAGCAUGACCAGAAGCAAGAGAAGAUUAACCGUGCUCGGAUGCAGCAACAGCAACAGUCCUCACCUUUGGCGAAGGCUGCACCGACAAACGCCGAUGCUUUGCCUGCUCCCACCACCCAGCCGAGCAACGCUGGUAGUACUCCAGCAAUGCCAAAUGGCCAGCAAGGCGGCGCUCCGCAGGUACAGAAUCAAGCUCAGUCCCAUCCUCAAGGGGUCAACCAGGGCCAGCCUGCGAAUCCGGCGCAGAUCAAGAACCCGAACGUUCCUCAGCAGGUACCUGGUCAAGGCCAGAUACAGCAACCUCAAGGCCAGGGCCAGGCUUCCGCACCAAUGCAGAAUCAGGCAUCAAAUCCAGGACAGGCUCCAAUGCAGCAGCCACAGGGUCAGCAGCAAGGACACCUUCAGGUACCCGGUCAGAACGGCGUUCCUCAGCCCAAUGCGAAGCCGGCCCUCACGGAGAUCGAAAAAGAACCUCUCAAGAAGCCCUGGGAGUACUCCGAUGAGAUCAUGUCUGGCCUCAAGACAGCAUUUCCUCUGCUUGCAUUGUCUAUGGAAACAAUGGUCGACCAGAUUCACAAGAACUUCAAGUGCCCUCCUGACGAGGAUGCGUACCGACUCAUCGUUGCUCUUCUGAAUGACGGUUUGGCGUACGUUGGUCGGAUGCCUGGCUCCUAUGCGCAAGACUUCAAACUGCCGGCUGCAACCGAAGCCAACAUUACUCGUUUCGCAGAGACUAUCCUUCCAGCGCAUAUACGCAAGUCCUUCGAAGCCGACUUCGUUGUCAAGAAGCCGACCAUGUACGAAUACAUUCACAAGCUUCGUCGCUGGCGCGAUAAGUUUGAAGAGAAGCUGGACCGGCGACCGCAGAACCAGUUCUUGGAGACUUACUCUCCACACCUCAGCGAAUUCCGCUUCCUCAAAUUCGAUGAGGUCGAGGUGCCAGGCCAGUAUCUGCUGCACAAAGACAAGAAUCAGGACUUUGUUCGCAUUGAUCGAUUCUUGCCAGACAUUGACCUUGUGCGCGGCAUCGGUGUCUGCCACCGCCGGUUGAAGAUCCGUGGUCACGAUGGAAGCGUUCACGCCUUCGCCGUCCAGCACCCAGCUGCACGACACUGUCGGCGGGAGGAGCGAAUUCUGCAACUUUUCCGCAUUUUCAACGGAAUACUGGGCAAGCGCAAGGAGAGUCGCCGUCGUAAUCUGUACUUCCAUCUUCCACUCAUGGUUCCGUUGGCUCCCCACAUCCGAUUGGUUCGCGACGAUCCGUCAUACAUCUCCAUGCAAGGCAUUUACGAGGACUAUUGCCGACGCGUUGGCAUUAAUAAGGAUGAGCCUGUUCUCUUCACGAUGGAGAAGAUGAGAUCCUUGGCGGAAACGAAGCAGAAUCGGACUCCCGACCAGCAGCAGGUGCUUCGAACAGAGAUGCUCACCGCGAUCCAGGAGAAGUGGGUUCCCAGUACUAUUGUGCUCGACUACUUCCAGAGGAUCUAUCCGAACUUCUCUGACUUCUGGCUUUUCCGCCGGCAAUUUGCUUAUCAAUACGCGGCGAUUGCUUUCAUGACCUACGUGAUGCACAUGGGCAACCGGUACCCGAACAAGAUCAUGAUCUCGAGACAGACCGGCGACAUCUGGGGCUCAGAGCUCAUUCCCACCAUCAACCCGGCCAAGGCGUUCUUCUACAACCCGGAGCAGGUGCCAUUCCGCUUUACGCCCAACAUCCAGACCUUGCUGGGGCCGAUUGCCACUGAGGGUCUCUUUGCGUGCGCAUUAAUGGCGAUUGCCCGCUGCCUCACCGAACCCCGACACGAGCUGGAACAGCAACUCAGCGUCUUUGUGCGCGAUGAAAUGAUGUUCUGGGCUACAGCACAGCACCGAGGCCCUCUGCCACCUCCCCAGCUUCGCGACCUGGUCUACAACAAUAGCGAUAUCAUUGGCAACCUGCCUGCGAACCAAACCACUAUCGAUCUCAUCUCCAAGGCUGUCAACCCUCAACACCUUGCUUCGUGCGAUGCUUUGUGGAUGGCAUACCUCUGAUUGUUUGCUUGCGAGGCGUUUUGUUUUUGUUUCUGUGGCAGAGGCUUACGGGUCUGCUAAGUCAAAUGGGAAUUCCAUUCUAGCGUGGCGCUCUGAGGCGAAGUCUAUGGGACAGGUUAUGAUGUUUCAUCGCUUGUGUUGUUUGUGCCAUUGUAUGUAUCAUAAUUUAAUUCAGGCAGAUAUCAAUCUAGACAUUGACUGCUGUUACGAGU